CCCGAAGUGGCAGGGGGCCCAGCUGCCCGAGGAGCCCGGUAUCCAACCGGGUGGUGCUGCCUGUCUGCUGGCCAGGGCCUCGGGCAUCGCCCCUCGCAGGAAGUCCAGCGCCGGGGGCGGGAGAGGAGACGAAAGGCAGCCUGGUCUGAUUGCAGACAAGCAGAGGCACCGGCGGGCGGUCUCCUCGUGCCGGAACUUCCUUGGAAGCCGCCAGCUCCCGGAUCGGCGGUGGUCGGGCCGGGCAGGGCAGGGUUAAGCGAGCGAGGCUGAGUGUGCCCGCCGGGAGCAGGAGCUGUGAGCUCUCCGCUCUUCCAGCUACCGCAGGAUCGAGCUGUGAAAGGCACGUCGUAAGAAAGAAACCAUCCCUGGUUAGUGCUUUGGUUGUUGUUCAGGUGUUAUAUUUAGCACACUGGACAAGACAUCUGAUAACUGAAUAAUUAUGUUCAUGAGCAAGGCAUUCAAUCUGUUGAAACCGAUUCCAUUGAUGUCUGGCCAGUCAAAUUUGGCUCAUAAAUUUUUUCAUCAACUUGUUGCUUCUCAUGGACAUCGCUGUUACAGAAGUGUGAUUUACAAACAGAGGUACAGAACAUGCCCAUGUAGUGCUGGAAGACGAACAAUAAGUGCUGAGACCAAGGUCAUGGCAAAAGAAGAGUUGCCAGGCGUUCUGAUUCUGGAUAUAGGAGGAACUCAAGGUGUGCUAGAAAACCUUGCAGCACUUUUGAAGAAACACUUUCACCUUAUCACCAUGAAGGAAUUUCUUGAAAACAAAGAAGAAAUGAGCAAAAAAAUCCAAUCUGUUUUCGUGUUUGAGUGCAGGCCAACUAUUGACCGGGAGCUUCUAGAAAGCCUGCCUAAUUUAAAGGUAAUUGGAAAUUCUGGAGUUGGAGUCGAUCACUUAGACUUGAAAAUGAUCUCUAGCUUUGGAGUAAAAGUGACCAACACCCCCCACGCCGUGGCGGACCCAACAGCAGACAUAGGAAUGGCCUUGAUGCUAGCCUCUGCCAGAAGACUAGUAGAAGGCUGCCAGAUUGCGGUUUCUCCAGACACGAAGCAUUUUGCUGUUGACUGGCUGGGAGUGGAAGUAACCAGAGCGACGCUUGGGAUCAUCGGGAUGGGCAGCAUUGGGUACAAACUGGCUCAGAGAGCCAGAGCCUUCAACAUGAGGAUCCUGUACCAUAACAGAAACCGGAGGUAAAAACAUGUGGUUUCUGCGUGUAAUUAUUCAGGGGGCAAUGACGGAAGCCACAGCUCUACUUGUGUCCCUGGUCUUCCUAUGCACUUGUGACAGCUGUAAGCGGCAUGAGAAGCACCAGCGUGCUGCCACUUCCUCACUUUGGUUCCCUCCAUGCCUCCUGCACUCACUCUGCCCAAGUUUGGAACUAGCAGUUUGGAACAAGGGCUGUGUACCCUUUCUGAAGAUGUUGUCCAAGCAAACCAGGCCUCGUGCCCUUGUGGUGUCCCCUGUCCUUUCACACUCUUCUUCAGGCUUCUGGCAGCAUUCCUGUUCCACCCAACCAGACAGUCUCCUCAGCCUAGCCUGAUCACUCAUCACACCAGCACAAAUGACAAAGGUCUUAUUUUCUCAUAGAUUUGUAGUUUCCUUUCUUUCACAUUUCACUUCCUCUUCAUUUCUUUUCAACCACAAGUCCUAACUCACAUGUCAGGCAAGGAAAGACUCCACAGGGAUUGGCAUGGACACAGAA